AUGGCGUCUGCUGGACGUUUCGUCGACACCGUCCCAGCACCUGAGCAAGCGACCACGGUCGAAGUUCUCGUGUUGGGACUCUCGAGGACAGGGACGACGUCAAUGUCCCACGCCCUCCCCAAACUCGGCUACAAAUCGUACCACAUGAGCGAAGCCUGCAUCAACGCCCGAAAAGGACAUGGAAGCCUCAUAAUGUGGAACGAAGCCAUAACAGCGAAAUACGGGCCAAGUCCAUCUUCCCCUUCUUCUUCAACGACAACCAAAACCCUCCACCCCUACGGCCCCGCCGAAUUCGCCAAACUCCUGCACACCUACACCGCCACCGCCGACGCCCCCACCGUCCUCUUCGCCCCCGAACUAAUGGCCGCCUACCCCAACGCCAAGCUGAUCCUAACAACCCAACCUCGCGGCGUCGACGCCUGGCUGCGGAGCGUCCGCAACAGCUACUACCGCGUCGCAAACUGGGUGGUCUUGGAAAAAAUCCUCAUGCCGUACGACAAAGCCUUUACCCAGCCUUACGUGACGCUCCUUCGCCGCAUCAUGGAGAUCUGGUGCGGGAACGAACCCUUCGCCGUCGCGCGAGAUUUCGACGCGAUGCAGGACAGGCUGAGAAGGACGUAUCUGGAGCAUAAUGCGGAGAUUUUGGCGGCGGCGAAGGCUCAGGGGCGGGAGGUUUUGGAGUUUGAUCCGAGGAAGGGGUGGGAGCCGCUUUGUGGGUUUCUGGGGAAGCAGGUGCCGGAGGGGAGGUAUCCGCAUGUGAAUGAGGGGGAGUAUGUGGUGAAUUUGCAUCGGUAUAUGGUUCUGAGGAGGCUGUGGAAUACGUUUGGGAGGGGAGUGGGGCUUGGGUUGGGGGCUGUGGGGGUUGUUGUUGGGGCUUGGUGGUGGUUGAGACGCUGA